AUGAUAAUCAAAACAUCCUACAUUGCUGCUUUGGUCGUUCUUAGUAUCAGUACGGCACACUGCUUCUCUUUUGGCCUUUCAUCCAUUACCAGUUGGGUUGAGCCGAUCUAUAGCGCUGCCACAUCGUUGAUUAGUGGACAGCCAGCGGUUACAGAUGAUAAUGCUGAAAGCGAGGAGGCAGUUAGCCAAAUGCCUACAGUAGAAGCCGUAGUUGACGGCGCUGUUCCGGAAGGCGCUCAAAUGGAUAUUCUACGGGAACAGAAAGAGCAUCUUCAGACUAGCCUUGAUGAUCCAACUGGUGGGCAAGUGCCUGGAGUAGUUAAAACUGUUGUUCAAGGUGUUUCUCGUGCAAUUAGCGCGGUUGUUAGAGAUGUCAAGGACAUAAAGAACUUUCAAACCUCCGUCACUAGCAAGAAGAUAGCCGAGGUGGGUAGCAUAUUUCGCGGAGCGGCUUAUGAUGCUGUAACGAGUACAGCCAAUCUGGCGGUCAACGUGUAUGAGAUGAUUUACAAGUCGGGCGAGUUCUUCAUGGCUCAACGACGGCAUGUAUCUAGUGCACCCACUGUUGAGAUCAUUGAGGAAGAUUCGGGAUGUGGCUGGAUCUCUCUCCGGAGCGCUGCAAUUCGCAUUUAUUACCAUGAAAUCAUUGAACUCAAGAACGAUGUCAAGCUCUUGAUAAUUGAAAAUGCUCUCCCCAACGAGAAGGCCGAAACCCAUAUGACAGAUAAGGUCAAAAACCUCUUACGCUUCCUUGGUUCUCACAAAACCGCUGAUCUCAUUGAAAAGAGUCUGAUUGCCUUAGAUAUGGACCAUAGUCCCAUCGAGAAGCUAGCGCCUAAUUAUCCGGAAACUGUGAUUUCGAAAGAGAUCAGCAAUAUUUUGAAUAUGAUCAGCGAUACACAGGUCGAAUCUAUAGUUAUCCAGUACAUCACUACGGGCAUUCCUUUUUCACUCGACCCACUUCCCCAGGUCAAAAGUCUCUUUAUCUAUGAGUGCAACUUUUACAACGGCGAGAAAAUGGUCUUCGAAAGUCUACUACAAGCAUUUCCCAACGUCCUGAUAUUAAUAAUCCAUAGCUGCUUUAUAGACAUUUCGAGUAUAAGUACGCCCAUUAGCAUGCCUGCUCUAGGCUCAUUAACCAUUCAGGAUCAGAUAAGUAACGCUAACAUAUUCGAUAUUGAAUUUACAGAUCUAUUCUGCCGUCGAUUGGAUGCACCCAAUCUGCAUGUGCUUAUGCUCACUAAAUCCCGCAUACAAGACUUUCUUUCUAUUGCCCCUCUGGUUGAUCGAUCUGUCCAACAACUCUUUAUUUACAACGAAUCACCCAAAACUACCAUAUUCAGUCUUCCCUCUGCCCGGCCAAGUCCACUUAAAAUCAUCGGCAUCAAGUCACUUAGUACGGACCCCUAUGCCUUUCCUGCACCACUCGGUCAUUUAAAAGAUGUUCCUCUUAACCUUAUUCCAGAUUCGCUUGGCUCGCGAUUUGAUUUUGACACAACUCUUCCCAUUCCCGCCACCCGAACGCAAAGUGACUACUGGGAAGAUAUUGAGGAAAGAUUACGAAAACUCCAUGUUACUAUGGAUUCAGAUACUAUAGCCAAAGAGGUCCAUCAAGCGAAUAAGAAAGACGUUGCCUAUCUAUUAAGUCUGUACCCUACCCCCGUCGGCCAGAAGCCUACAGCUCAUACUCAAUCCCUUCCGCCCUACCAGUCUAUUUAUCCUACCAUUGAUCGUACACCAAGUAGCACAACCUCUAUGCCUAGAACUUCUAAUGCCAAUGUCCACCAACAACCCUCUAGUUCUGAUUGGGAAACUGACAGCGAUGACGAGGAAAACCCCAGUGAUGAUGAAUCCGUUGCAGACAGUGAAGGAUCAUAUCAGGCACAACCUAUCAAACAAUCACGGCGGCACCAAUCCGGCGGAGCUCUGCAUAAGAGUUCUCGCCAUCGAAGGGCAACAUCCUCUCGCCCCCGAUCUGUCCAUUCCUCUACUAGAAAGGCAACCACCCGCUCUAAGCAACCAAUCCUAAAAGAACAAUCACAUGCCAACUUACCUCCAACUCCACCUCCAACUCUCCCCACAAGCACCACAUCUCCACCUCAAGUCCACGCAGCACCACCAACCAUCCAAACCCCAACCAAACGCGCACCGAGUCCACCACCGGGUAUCCAAGCUCCACCUCAGUAUGUACCAACCCCGCCACUAACCAUCCAACCCCUAUCCAAAAGUGCACCGAGCCCACCACGGGUUAUUCAAACUCCACCACGGCCCGCAUCAAUCCCACCACCAACCACUCAAGCUUCACCCCCAGCCAAAAAACCCCAACCUCAAGAGGAGUUACCUUUAUAUUCUGAUGAUGGUGAUGAAUACUUUGAUGCAUUAGAAGAAUCAUUCUCCACAGACGCGCGAUCCUAA